AUGCAGUGGACUUCGUCUAUACUGCUCGUGCUCACCAGCAUCGACUAUGUCCUAGCGUCCCACGGGCAUCUCCAUAAACAUGCCCAUCUCAUGCCACACGCCGAAAAACUGGAGCCUAGAGACGUGGCAUGGGUUGAUCAGAUCCCCGCCGACUUGUUCAUCGAAUUCCGUACCAUUACAACAACGGUCUACGAGGAUUGCGCGCCAACAAAUACCAUUUAUGUCACCACGACCGUGACUGAAGACAUUACGAUAGAGCCAACCCACAUGCUUCCUGAGCCCACACAACUCGCUAUCAGUCAAACACACUCUGCAGAGCCCGAGCUCACGACAACAGUACACAUGACAAGAACUGUGAUGAACGUUGUGACAGAAACACCAGCGAUCACAAAGACAAUCGGCUCAGUCCCUGAAAAUGGCAAUUCUGAUGGCCUCCAGGGACUUGACAUGACCGCGCCACCUCGAGAGGCCAUGUUGGAGAAAACAACGGGCGGUAUUCAUUCUACGACUACGGUUACUUCAUCCCUGUCUGGGUUUGGCAAUGCGACCGUAACAGUUGCCCUUGAUAUCACAGAACACUCUGGGGAGGCUCAUGCAGAACAAGAACCCGCAAGAAUUGCCCUGGCUGGAUAUGCACCAGCAAGAAAGGAGCCGAAGAAAGGAAAAACACCUAAAAAGGCGCUACAAAAGGAGAAAGACUCCUCCCAAAUUUACCCGGACUUCCACAACUGCUCCCAGGAACAGCGGAACCGGUUCUUAACUCAAUCGGCGAAGUCCUCGACCUAA